AUGUCGGCCGCAGGAUCAAGUAGUGAUGCCGCGGUGAAGAAGGCUUUCCCUCGGGUUGACCUCGAGGGUCACGACCUGCCUCCCUCCCCCGCCCCUUCGAGCCCCCAUGGUGGCCGUCGCUAUAACAUUGCCACGGAGCUUGUAUAUACGGAGGGAAAUGACCAGUACAAUGCUAGCAGCGUUCCGAUCUACCAGAGCGCUACAUUCAAACAGACCUCCGGUGGUGGAGGCGGCGAAUAUGAUUACACUCGCUCCGGAAACCCGACCCGGACACAUUUGGAGCGUCAUCUCGCCAAGAUCAUGUCCGCCCAGCGGGCGCUCGUCGUAUCCUCUGGUAUGGCUGCAUUGGAUGUGAUUACCCGCCUGCUUCGUCCUGGCGACGAAGUUGUGACCGGUGAUGACCUCUACGGUGGCACCAACCGUCUUCUGAAGUACCUGUCCACGAACGGUGGCAUCAUCGUCCACCAUGUUGAUACUACGGUGCCGGAAAAAGUGCGCGAGGUUCUGACCUCGAAGACGGCGAUGGUCCUGCUGGAGACGCCGACCAACCCACUCAUCAAGAUCGUGGAUAUUCCUCAGAUUGCUGCCGCUGCCCACGAAGCGAACCCUAACUGCGUCGUUUCGGUCGACAACACCAUGAUGUCGCCUCUUCUGCUGAACCCUCUCGAACUCGGUGCCGAUAUUGUGUACGAGAGUGGUACCAAGUACCUUUCCGGUCACCAUGACCUUAUGGCGGGUGUGCUCGCCGUCAACGACCUGUCUCUCGGCGAACGCCUCUACUUCACAAUCAACGCCUCCGGCUGCGGUCUGUCGCCUUUCGACUCAUGGCUGCUGCUGCGUGGAGUGAAGACGCUCAAGGUUCGGAUGGAUCAGCAGCAGAGCAAUGCCCAGCGCAUUGCUGAUUUCCUGGAAACUCAUGGCUUCAAGGUGCGGUACCCUGGUCUGCGGUCGCACCCGCAGUAUGAGCUGCACCACUCGAUGGCUCGGGGAUCGGGAGCCGUGCUCUCGUUCGAGACUGGUGACGUGGGUGUCAGUGAGCGGAUUGUCGAGAGUGCCAAGCUGUGGGCCAUCAGUGUCAGCUUUGGCUGUGUCAACAGUUUGAUCAGUAUGCCAUGCCGCAUGAGCCACGCCAGUAUCGAUGAGAAGACGAGACGGGAGCGCGCCAUGCCCGAGGAUCUGAUCCGGCUGUGCGUGGGUAUUGAAGAUGCGGAUGAUCUUAUUGAUGACUUGCGACGGGCGGUAAGGCGUUGCAAAAGCUGGACCAAUCAUUGGCCGGACACUUCUCCGCCUCUCCCCAUGUCCGCCAUCACGGAGCAGUCCAUCUCGUCGGAUUGGAAUACCAACCGUUUAGGUGCGCGACUGGGAGUCGAUGUCGCCAGUGCGGCGACUGCAGGUGCCUUGACAUGUCCUGUCAUCACCGUCAUUGAUCGCGCGAUUAUCGAAAAAGCAGCCAAGGGCGUCCCCAUCCGCCAGACCAUCACAUCCUGCUUCCGCUCCAUGUUCACACAACCGGGGAGCUUCUUCCUCAGCACCCCAUUCCUCCUUAUCUACACCCUCUACACAUCCACCUACCUCACCGCGAACACCAUUGACACCUUCACCUCCACCGUGCGCGAUAAGCCCUUCUCGACCGUCUUUCCCGGUACCGCCAAAUUCCUCACCACCACCGCCGUGAACAUGGGUAUUUGCGUAUACAAGGACGCCCGAUUCGCGCGCAUCUUCGGUGCAAAACCCUCUCCUCCUGCAGCGACAUCUGGAGCGCCACAACCCGCUUCCAGAGCUACAUCUACAUCCACCCCAGCCUCCUGCCACCCCUCCGGCGCCGCCAAAGUCCCCAAUAUCUCCUACGGUCUCUUCUGUCUCCGCGACAGCAUCACCAUCUUCGCCUCCUUCAACAUCCCCGCCCUUGUCGCUCCCUCCAUCCCAGACUCCAUCGCCUCCACACCCGGAAUGAAAUCCGCUCUCGCGCAAUUUUCCUGUCCGGCUCUGAUGCAGUUCGCGAGUACGCCUAUGCACCUGCUCGGAUUGGAUCUGUAUAACCGGCAACCGCCGGGCGGGUUGGGAUGGCGUGAGCGCACCUCGCGCAUCAGACGCGACUAUAUCCCCAGUUGCUUUGCGCGCAUGGGCAAGAUUGUUCCGGCGUAUGGUGUGGGUGGUGUGGUAAACGUACGGAUGAGAGCUUCGUUGAUGGAGUAUUUGGAGGGCAAGAAUUAA